AUGUUUUCAUUAUAUAGAAGUAAUUUUCAACAAGUGACAACUCCGUCACAUCCACAUUUAACGCAUACUAGAGGUCCACACCAAACGAGUGAACAACUACUUGAUACAAUUAAUAAACUUCUCGAUCGAUUAUCAUCUGUUGAACCAUUUUGUCUUGAGGAACUUGAACAAUGGCGUAACACAGCUUAUCAAUCUAUAGAUCAAUAUUGUGAAAAAAAACGUCAUGAUUUAAUUGAAAAACGACAAGAAAAACAUCAAAUAAAUCUUAGUCAUUUUCAAAAUGAAGUCAAUCAAUUAAUUAAAGAACCAAAUCUAACAGAAAAUCAGUAUAGUUCAAUACAGCAUGAUAUUCAAUUAGAAGAAAUUAAACUUAAUGAGUUUGAACACUUUCGAUUAACUCUUAGUCCAUUAAUCAUCGAUGAAAAUCUUGUUGUUCAACAACAUAUUUUUCCUCUAUCUCAUCCUUAUCGAACCAUUCAUAUGAAAAAUGGUAUUGAAAGUACAAUUGCGGCUAAUGAUAAAUAUCUUCUUAUUGAUCGAGAAGAUAAGUCUCUAUGUUUACUUGAUCGAAACUUAAAUAUUGUUAAUGAAACAUCAUUUACGCAUAAUGGUGUUCGUAGUAUUUGUUGGUCAUCGACAAUUAAUCGAUUUAUCAUAAUUACAUUGAAAGAAAUAUUAACACUUGAUGCAAAUACAAUGACACUGGAAAACUGUUCAAUUUCAUUUAGUGAAAACUGGUGGCGUGGCACGUGUUCAGAAGACAAUUUAUUUUUAUCCACAGUAGAAUGGGGUUCACCCAUUUAUGAAUUUAAUCUUCGAUCAUCGUUUGAAUUUAUAAAAAAAUGGCAUUCACCAAUUACAUGUGAAACAAAUGAAGUUAUUUGUGAUUUAAAAUAUAAGAAUAGUUUUCUUGCCAUGCCUAUUUUUAAUGAACUUCAGGAAGAAAGCCGUAUUGAUUUACGUUCGUCAACAACAUUCGAAUGUAUUUGGUCAGUUCGAAUUCAUGGACGUUGUCGUUGUUGUUCAAUUAAUGUUGAUCAAUGGUUAGUAAUGGAUCAGCUUGAUGGUCGAUUCUUUCAUAUUUCGGAUGAUGGAAAACUUUUAAAAUCGGAUAAAUACCAUCAACAUGAACGAGUCGUAGAUAUUCUUCUAUGGGGUGAAAAUGAUAUGGUCGUCUUAACCAAAAAAAGUGUUAACUUGCAUGAACUUUAA